AUGCGCGUACCGUCCCGCACCAGAUUUCGCAGGAGGGCCAGCUCUGGAAGCAGGUUAAGCCAGCGCCUCGCAUCUUUGCAGAUUGAAACCGCCAUCGACACUCCCAAGGAGCAACGGCGGUACGGCCCUGAGCGCUUCUUCUACGACCAGAAAACUUACACGGGCGUUCACAAGAACGGAUCGCCGACCACUGUGGAGAAGGAGGUGGUUACGCAGAUCUUGCGGGAUCCCUCCCCGCGGAGUGCUCGAAGUCGCUCGGCCUCAGUGGCUUCUGUAUCCCCUCGGGCCCGGGCAGCCUCCACAUCGAUGACACCUCGGGCCAGCGGCGUUUACAACAGCUUCAAGCUAGUCUCGCCGGUGGGCGACUCACCUCGAAGAAGAACCAUCGCGGGGGAACUUGCGGAGGACAGCACCCGCUAUGGACCCGAACGCUUCUUCUAUGACCAGAGCACCUACACAGGCACUCAUCGCCAAGGAGGCCCCCAGGUCGCACAGCCUCCAGAGCCAGUGCGGAAGGCGUCCACCAUGACGAUGACUCCACGCUCCGCGCGCAGCCAGCGCGGCUCCACGGUCUCCUUGGCAUCAGAAGCUGGUUCCAUGCGGCUGCGCUCACCCACGGGUCCUUCAGGCAUCGCCAGGCGUUUGGACUUCAGCUCAGGCGGCCAGGAUGAGACGAAGGAGCCUCAGUCUACGCGAUCCAUGCGUAGCCUGCAGUCGAUGCAGUCUCAGGGUUCCCUCGCGGGCCCGGCCUCACCGCGAAAUCGAGCUUUCACCGAGACGCCACGCAGCGCACGGUCGGCUUCUGUGACGUUCAAAGACCAAGACUCUUUUCGCUAUGGUCCUGAGCGCUUCUUCUACGACUCAAGGACCUACACCGGAGUCCACAAGCACGGGGGCCCUAUCACGGAUGACCUUCGGGAACCGAACGGCCAGGCGCAGAGACGUAGGGCAUGUGCGUGA